UGCAAACCGCCGAAGAAGAAGAAGAAGAAGAAGAAGAAGUAGUAGUAGUGAGUGAGUGAGUGAGCAGCAAGCUAGUUAGGGUAACUGUCAACCAAAGAUAAAUAUUGCAGCAGCAUGAGAAGAUUUUAACGUUGCCGGGCGACAUGCUGUAGCUGGUCGGGUCCUCCAGUUGCAGCAACAAUGUUGCCCUCAACCGGCACCAUGAUCCGGUCUGCUGUCAAGCUGCUGCCACGGUCUAACUGGAGUCGAGCAUGUGCCGGGUGCCCAUGUAGACACAUUUCUGUGAAACCAGGAGGUGUGAAACCUAAGACAGUUCCUCCUCGGUACCUGGGCCAGCCUAGCCCCUUCACUCAUCCACACCUCAUCAAACAUGGUGAGGUGACCCCAGGCUUAAGCCAGACAGAAUAUGAGCUCCGCAGGCAAAGACUAGCCUCACUCAUCGAGGCCCAGGCAGACAGGCUGGGGCCCUCUGCCUCCUCUAGCACCCAUGUGGUCAUUGUUUUGUCCCAUCCGACCCGUUACAUGACCAAUGACAUCCCUUAUCCCUUCCACCAGAACCAGGAUUUCCUCUACCUCAGUGGCAUCCUUGAGCCUGACAGUGCUUUGGUCCUUUAUGGCAAAGGGCGACCAGACCAGGCCAUCUUGUUCGUCCCCUGCAGAGACCCGGGGAGAGAGCUGUGGGACGGGCCCCGGUCGGGGAAGGAUGGGGCGGCUGCUUUGACCGGCAUUGAGAGAGUUCAUAGCACAGAAGAACUGGGUGUUGUGCUCAAGAGCCUCAGAGGCACUCAGCUGUGGUACGAUAGCUCUCAACCUGCCCACCCUCGGCUCCACCAGGCUCAUGUGUGUCCCGUGCUGGAGGCGGCGCCGAUGCCAUGGUCUCUUAGGCCCCUCAUACACUCUCUUAGGGCCCUUAAGAGCCCAGCAGAGGUGGCGCUCAUGCAAGAAGCAGGUCACAUCACAGCACAGGCUUUUAGGAGGACGAUGGCUUUGUCUCAAGGAGACGUGGACGAAGCUGUUCUCUAUGCUAAGUUUGAUUUUGAGAACCGGAUCCAUGGCGCCAACUUCCUGGCCUAUCCCCCUGUUGUUGCUGGAGGAAAUCGAGCCAAUACUCUACACUACAUAAACAACAACCAAAUUAUCAAGGAUGGUGAAAUGGUGCUGCUUGAUGGAGGUUGUGAAUACUUUGGUUAUGUCAGUGAUAUCACUCGAACGUGGCCAGUGAAUGGAAAAUUCAGCCCUGCGCAGGCUGAGCUGUACGAGGCCGUCCUGGAAGUCCAGCAUUCCUGUUUGUCUCUGUGUUCCCCGGGCGUCAGCCUGGAUCAUAUCUACAGUACCAUGCUGGCUCUGUUGGGACGACAGCUCAGGCAGCUAGGCAUCGUGAAGGCCAGUACCAGUGAUGCGGAUGUACUAAAGGCUGCACGGCAGUACUGUCCCCACCAUGUUGGCCAUUACCUGGGCAUGGACGUCCACGACACUCCUGAGCUGUCCCGCUCACAACAUCUACAGCCAGGAAUGGCCAUCACUAUAGAACCAGGGUUGUAUAUCUGUGAGGACAAUGACCAAGUGCCGGAGCGUUUCCGCGGCCUGGGCAUCAGGAUUGAGGAUGAUGUGGUGAUCCGAGACAAGGGAGGCCCUCUGAUUCUGUCCUCUGACGUACCAAAGACCAUCGCAGAUGUGGAGCAGGCCUGUUCCCAGACAUAGGGUGCAGACAAGUGACCAGCCACCUGAGCCUCGGCAUCGAUGACAGGCAGCCUUAUUAUAAGGCCAACCCUUAUUAUUAUGAAGAGCUCAGUUACAGUAAAGGAGGAUUUAGUUGUGUGGCUACACCAAUACCACAUGGAGACCAGUCCUGAUCAUGUACAAUACAUCCAUCUAGUGAUGUGAUGGUGCUGUCAGUGGGUGAAAUCCAAUGCUGAGCUAUAAAUAAAAAUCUAGGAACAGCAGUUUACUCUUGCAUCAAGAAUAUAUUCAGCUGAAGACCCAGAGGUUAGAUCCAACAACCAUAUAAGCAUUUUCGUACUUAAAACCUAUUUACUCCAUACCAUGUUUCUCAGAAUUGCCACCAUCGUGGCACUUUGAUACAAUUGUUUGUUUGUGGUCUCACUCCAAAAAAAAUGUUUUAAAGCCUGCAUACACCCACUGUAUUUGUCUCAUACAUGCAAAAAUGCAUUAUUCAUUCCCAGCUCAUGCUAUAGUACAAAAUAUCAAAAUACCAAAUGUUGGUCACUGUGCUGUAGGAUGCUCAGGAAGGACUCUGUCAAAUCAACAGACCACCACGGUGAUGAAUAAAGAGGAACUGGUCUUAAACAACUACUGUUCAAGACAGAUGGUAAUAGUUACACCAGUGCACUAAAAUGGCUUAAAAAGACAAGAGUUUGUAUGUGUUUUGGGUGUUUUGUCUUUUCAGCAGAGAGAAAACUGUCAUCUCUCUCUGAAAAUGGUGUUGUAUAUGUAUUUAAAAAGAUCUCAUUAUUCCUUCUUUCAUAACUAAUAAAUUCUAGUGGUUUG